CUCGGGGUUGGACUCAGGCUCCGGUCGGCUGAGCACUUGGGGGGGCGGAGCCCGCCGGCCGGAAGUCCCGCCCCAGAAGCCGCGCCGCCGUAGACAUGGCGGCGCCCCGGCGGCUGCUCCUGGCGCUGCGGCCACUGCCCGCGCGCCGGUCCUUACACGACGCGGCCCCGCCUCGGGAAGUGCUGCUCUUCGAGCACGAACGGGGCCGCUUCUUCGCCGUCCUCGGACUGUUCUGCGCGGGCCAGGGCGUCUUCUGGGCUUCCCUGGCCGUGGCGGCCUUGGCCCGACCCCCGGCCCGGACUCCAGACGCGGAGUCCCCUCCCCGCGGCAGCUCGGACUUGCGCUCCACGCUCUGGCGCUGCGGCCUGGCGCUCGGCUGCGGCGCCAUCGGCACCCUGGUACUUGGUGCCGGGCUCCUCUUCUCCCUGCGUUCGGUGCGUUCGGUGAUGCUGCUGGCUGGAGGCAAGCAGGUGGCCCUCACCACUCACGCCCCCUUUGGCUUGGGUGCCCAUUUCACCGUUCCUUUGAGCCACGUGUCCUGCAUGGCCCACCGCGGUGAAGUCCCGGCCAUGUUGCCUCUGAAGAUCAAAGGCCGGCGCUUCUACUUCCUCCUGGACAAAGCCGGGCAUUUCCCCAACUCGAAGCUCUUUGACCACACUGUGGGUGCCUACCGCAGCUUGUGAAGAAACCACCUCCGACGGCUCGCCCCUCCCAGAGGGGAAUGAAAGCCGAACCUCGGAGAUGGGGGGGGGUCACUGACAACAAAUAGAAGAGCGGCCGUCCCAGGGCCAGCUGACACUA